GGUUUGUAAUAAAUGGGAUCCAACAAGUCUGGCCGGAGAUCUGAUUCUUUUGGAAUACCGAAAUCAACUUCAAAGAUAGCCCUCUUUGAUAAAAUCAAAAUCUGUGGUGGGUUUGAUUUCUUUCACACAAUAAGAAAAAUAAUUUGCUUCUUGUUCUUCUCGCCGCAACUGUGAAGCGAGAAUUGCACUGCCGGAUUUGCUCGUCUCCGAGAGACAAAUCUUCAGGUGAUGUCGAACUGGUGGUUCGGUUUUUUUGCAGUGGCGUGGAGCGGCGUGUGUGGUUUCACCGCCGAUCAAAUGAGCAUGUUCUUGGUGGCGUUGGCGUGAUCUGAAGGACUCGCCUUUGCACUCAAAAAUUGAUUUUGAGGGAGUUGAAUUUCUGUUUGAAAAUAGCAGCCGAAGGUGACUUUGAUUUCUUAUGGCCAACACCGAUAGCGAAAAUGAGAAUGGAUGGAUAGAGAGAGUGAAGGAAGAAGGAGAUUUUCCACUUCUUGAACCAGAAAACUGUCCAAAUGGCUGGGCUACUCCUCCCGGUGACAUUUUCCGGGUUCGUGGUCCAGGGUACUUCUUGACAAAAGUGAAAAUUCCCGGGGGUGAGUAUCUUUUGAAGCCGCUCGGAUUUGACUGGAUCAAAGGUCCCGCAAAGAUUUCGCAGGUCUUAAAAGAUCCGAAAAACCGCGUCAGGAAGGUUCUCGACGAAGAAUUCCCGACGGGUAAUAAGCCUCGCGUCUGGGCAUUCAAUCUACAAUUCCCAAGCAAGGACAAUCAUAGCGCCAUCGCGUAUUUCGUAGCCAGAGAGCCGAUUCCAGACGGAUCCUUGUUGGACCGGUUCUGGAAAGGGGACGACGGGUUCAGGAGAUCAAGGCUCAAAGUGAUUGCCAACGUUCCCAAAGGGCCUUGGGUUGUUAGGAAAGCAGUAAGGGAUGCUAUAUGCAUAAUUGGACGAGCACUCACUUGCCAUUACUACGUCGCGGACAAUGUCAUGGAGGUUGAUAUCGACGUUGGAUCUUCCAUGGGUGCAACUACUGUUUGUCGUCUGGUUUUGGGUUAUCUAACAAAGAUUACCGUCGAUAUAGCUUUUCUAAUAGAGAGCCAAGCGGAAUCGGAGCUCCCGGAACGGAUUUUAGGAGCAGUGAGAUUUUCUCAGCUGGAUGUUGCCGCGGCUAGGCAGGUCGAGCUAUCUUCUGAUGGAAGUGCUGCUACUAAUUUGCAGUCAUCCCUGACUAAGCGGAUUUGGAAUUCCAUUGUGUAGGGCUUCUCCAACCUUCUUGUUUCAGGUGCAGACCCGCCCAAGGGCAAAGCCCGAGAGGUCUGGGUCUGAAAUUUUGGCCCAAAAAGAGGGGCCCCGUUUGGAGUUAUUUUAUAUAUAUAUAUAUA